GGUUCGGGACACCUUAGCCCACAAAAUGCAGAGAACGAUGCCAAGGAAAUGGAUAAAUCUUCGGAAAAUAUGGAGAAAUUGGUAGACGAUAUUUUAGGCUCUGAUAAAAAGCCAUUAUGUGCGGAGAAGAGUGAAUCCCCGGUCCUAAUAUAUACUCAAGAAAAUAAAAGCCCAUUGUACUUGGAAAUGGAUGAGCUGUCAAAACUGGUAUAUGAAUUUGAAAACGUUGAUCUUUGUGACGAAAAUGAGGCUGUAGUGUACGACUUAAGCCGCGAUGAAGAUAGUCCAGCUAGUGAUAGUGAUGGGGUAUGAUUUACCUAAUCCUUAUUUUAUUAUAAUUAUUUAAGUUAUUGAUUUCAAUUUAGGAUGAUCAAGGCAUAGAUGUCGAUUAUCCGGAGGACUGUGUUUCCUUACAAUUCAAGCUGCCUGCUCGCGAUUUGACCACUCUCAACCUUAAAGCACGCUAUCAAGUGCAGGUGGUGAAGGUGAACAAUCCCCACAGCUUCAAGAUGUGGAUUUAUGACGAAAUGAUUCCUGACUAUCGGAUGAUGUCCUGCAAAAUGGAAAAAUACUACCAGAGUCAAGAUUUGAAAAAGUAUACUAUGCCAUCGAGCUUGAUCGCCCAGAACCACCUGUGUGCAGUCCGAUCGAGCAAGUCGGGAGUCUGGGAGAGAGCCAAAGUGUUGCGACACCGACCGAUUAAACCAAAGAAGACCACAGACGUUGAACUGAUCGACACCGGGGUCGUCAUGUGUGUCUCCCACAGAGAUGUCAUGUUUUUGAAAAAGGAGUUUGCUGUGUUGCCUCCGCUGUGCUUGCACUGUCGCCUGGCCUACAUAGUUCCCUGGUACGGUGCCGAGUGGUCAACUGAGGCGUCAGCCUACUUCUUCAGUCGGGUUGCCCGCCGCAGGCUUCUCGCCAAAAUCGAGCUUAUUAAGGAUAACACUGUCUACCUGGUGCUGGUGGAUCCGCUAAGCGCGCCUGUGAGGAACAUAAACAAGUCAGUAGUACACUAUGGUUGGGCUCGUCUAUGCUUCACACAUUAG